GUGACCGCCCCUUCUGUUCUGCGCACGCGCGACGGCGGGGUCCAAGAUGGCGGCGCGUGUCCUCUUGCUCUCGUCGGCCUGCCUACGCCGAUGCCUCGCCGCCUCGGCUUCCUCCUCCGCCUCCCGCCUCGCCUCCUCUUCCUCCUCCUCCUCGGCCGGAGCCCGCCUCGUCUCACCAGCUCCCCUUCUUACCAUCCUUCGGCCGCCGCAGGUUUCAGGGCCAUUCCUGCAGUUGAGCCGCCACUAUGCUGACCUGCCCCCCCUCACGCUGGACGGCAUCAAGGAGCGGGUCCUUUACGUUUUGAAACUCUACGACAAGAUUGACCCUGAAAAACUCACAGCAAGUUCCCACUUUAUGAAAGAUCUGGGCUUGGACAGCCUGGACCAAGUGGAAAUUAUCAUGGCGAUGGAAGACGAAUUCGGGUUUGAAAUUCCCGACGUGGAAGCGGAGAAGCUGAUGUGUCCCCAAGAGAUUGUAGACUACAUUGCCGAUAAGAAAGAUGUAUAUGAAUAAAGCGCGUGUCCAUUGUGCUGAGCAAGUCUGUUCUGCCCUGAGGGACUGGAUGGUGUGCGCAGGAAAGGGGGGGGCCCUGGUGAGCGAGACACACGCAUCCCUUUGUGCCCCUCACUGCAUCAAUCACUGUUGGGUCUCGGACGGAUAGAUCUGCCGGCUGCUGUAUUUAAUGUUGUACAAAUCUAUGUUGGCCUUUGAAAUAAAUGCGAGGCUAUUACUGGCUACCUUUUUCUGA